AUGUUUCGCCUGGGGUUUUCCAUCCAGCGUCAUGCUCCAAAGUGCCCGUUUUUGCAUAUAGAACUGCCAACGCGACAAAGGCGCACAGCGGUGUGCCCAGCGGCGAAAACCGCGGUCACUGCCUCUCGUCGCCCGAGGCUUGCUAUGGUGAUCCCCGGUGACUCGCAAGCAGAGUUUGUUUUUCUCAGCGGAACCGUAACGUUCUUGAACGUCUACCAAAACCUCUUAUUUGCUCGCAUUAUUUUGAGCUGGUUUCCGGCUGCGAGCCAGUUGAGUCUAUUACAGCCGCUGUACGUGGUAUGUGACCCGUUCUUGCGCUUUUUUCAGGGCAUCUUACCACCAGUGGCGGGUAUCGACUUUUCGCCGAUCUUAGGGUUUACACUUUUACAGCUAGGUGCGAGGCUAACGGCGGCGCUCGGUCAGGAGUGCCCCAGCCGCGACGUUGCCAAGGCACCCUAA